AAAAGUUUCUAAAUGAUCUAACAAGAUUUGCAGUAAGACAAAUAGCUGAAAAUAUUGCUAUUAUCAGAUAUCUCAGUUAAGACAACUGUUUAAGCAAGAUGGUUUGAGAAAAUAGUGCCCUUAAGAAAUAAUUUAGCAUUCAUUUAUUAUGAAGGAGGACAUUAUGAAGUAUAUGAUAUCGAAAAACAAUAAAUAACUAUUGAUGGAAGACUUCCUGAGAAAAUCAAAUUUUUCUUAGAGAUAUAUACCAAGUUUUCAAAUAUAUAAAUUAUAGAGUAUUGGUAUAUCAUGAUCCAACAGAUCUCAAAAUGAAAAUGUUAGAUUUGAAUACAAACAAACCUGUUGCAAAUUUUUCUUUUAGAUCUAGUGAGAAAGUGGAUUUAAAGAGUGAUGAAGCAAGUAAAGAGAUAAUCGUUGAUAGUAAAUAAAUAUUAAAUAAUAUGAUAGAAUUUCGAAUAUUUUCUCUUGAUUGUGAAGAGAAAUAAAUAAAAUACUUGAUUUCACAAGAUUUAGAAAAAUAUUAUUCAAAUAACAAUGUUGCUCAUUACUCAAUUAGAAUUUUACCUUUGAAUUAUUCUCCUGACAUAUAAUUCAACCUUGAAGUAGUGGCAAAAUAUGAUUAUCCCAACAGUUAAGGUUAGACAGAACUUUAUUUUUGGUAAGUAGACAAAGAAACCAUGGCUGUCUUUGGUUAAGAUACUGAUUAAAAUAAAUUUGAAAUAUUAUUGAUCAAACCUCAUCUUUAGGAGAAGGCAUUUUAUAUUGUCCAUGUUAAAUUCUAACACUCAUUUACAGUUUUGAAUGUUUCAAAUUGGAUCAAUCCUCAUUAAGUUGCUAUUUGGACUAAUUGUAAUGAUGGAUCAACGAAACCUAGUAUAAUAACUUUUGAUUUAAGAAAUUAUUAUGAUGGAUACAAUUGGCUUCCGGAACCUGAAUUUGUAGCUACUAUAGUAAUGAAUUAAGUUUAUACAUCUUUAGGCUAGAGGAGAACAUAUUGCUGAUGAAUCUGCAGUUUUCAUGGAUAUUUAUCAAUUUAACUUAGGGUCUACUCAUAUUAUUCAAAUAAGAUAAACUGGAAAUGAAUCAAGGAUAUCUAUCAUAAACUUUUAAAAUGUUUAAAAACCAGAAAUUAUUAGUGAAGUUACAAUAAAUACAUUUUGGAAUGAAAAAGCUUCUGACCAUUCUUACAUGGUGCUUUAUAAUGAAUUAACGUAAAGAUUUAUAUUAUUAUUUAAAGAAUGGAAGAUUAAACAGUUAAAUUCUAAGUACUAUUUCCAGCGGAUGCCAGACAUUAAUUAUUGUAAAUUAUAGAAAAAGCCAAAGUUAUUGAAAAAUAUGGAAUCAGCAAUGUCGAAGAAAUGUUUGAAUUUUAUUAAUGAAUUAAACAAUAAUUAUUCAUUAUUUAUCUGUUCGAUAUUAUAUGAU